GAAAAUGCCAGUAGAUCCAGUCGGACCAAACUCCCUGCAUUGACCACAGAUGUAUUCAGAGGGGGCCGAAGCACUUGUGGCCAGGCACCGCUGUGCGCUCAACGGGGAGGACCUGAACCGCCAGUGGAGCAGGCCCAGCCCCGUGCUCAGCCCCACCAUCUACCACGCCAAGGGCCUGCUCUACUACCUCAACAGCAUCGGACGCACGCCACUCGUGUUCUGUGACUACCAUGGUCACUCUAGGAAGAAGAAUGUCUUCCUGUAUGGCUGCAGUGUCAAGGAGACACUAUGGCAGUCAGGCUCCGCCGUGGACACCGUUGGGCUGAAGGAAGACCCUGGAUAUAGGACAAUCCCUAAGACCUUGGAUCGGAUCGCUCCAGCCUUUUCCUUUAACAGCUGUAACUAUCUGGUGGAGAAGUCCCGCUCCGCUACAGCCCGGGUGGUGGUGUGGAGGGAGAUGGGCGUCCUCCGGAGCUACACCAUGGAGAGCACCUACAAUGGCUGUGACCAGGGCAUAUACAAGGGCUUGCAGACAGGCACCAGGGAGCUGGAGGAGAUGGGAGUGAAGUUCUGCCACAGCCUGCUGUCCCUCAGGAGGGACGUGUCAGCCCUCUACAGCAAGACACUCAUCAACCACAUCCACCUGGACCCCACCGACCUGGACCACAAGUCUCACCACUGUUUCGAAGACGAUGAGCCCCCGUGCCUUGAGGAGAUAGAAUACUCCAUGUACAGCUGUCCUAGGCCCAGCGGAGCCGAAUUAGAUUUGGACAUCGACAACAACAACAGCAGCAGCUCCAGCAACGAGGAGGAGGAGGGGGGGGAGGAGGAGGAGGAAGGGAGAGAGAGCGCGGAGACGAGCCAAAGACCAAGAGGCAAAAGUGGUGGGUCGUGCCUGAGGUCUCGUCUGUUCCCUCAGCUGAUCAGCAAAGGAUCGGUGGAGACACUCAACCCCAAGAGAAACCAGUGUAGCAGACAGUAUCUGAGUUAGGAGAGGGUGUUCGGUUUUUAGAUUUAAUUUCACAGGACUUUAGCAUUAGCAUUUCACAUAGGUUUUUUUUGUAUUCUGUGGUGACGAUAAUGGGCCUUGUUCUAGCCCCUGGCUAGCUAGAAGGCUUGUGUGACAAAGAAAGUGAAAUCGCCUAAAAGGCAUAACCGUUUUCCACAAGACGUUUCCAGCAGUCCACAGAGUCAUUAUUUUGGCUCGAAAUAUUAAAUGAGGUGAGAAUUGUGGAUAAUUUGUGGUGGAGAGCAAUAAGGACAGGGUUAAAAUCCCACCCACAAUAGUUAUGUCUAUGUUGCUGUUUUAUGUUGCAAACUUUACUUGGCUAUGAGCCAAUUUUGUUUUCAAGCUGUGGAAGCACACAUCAUUAAGUAAACAUGAAGCAUCAAGAUGCCCCUGUGCAAAACAUAACUUUAAAAAAAUGUAUCUUUCUUAACAUUUAUUGGAGCCUACAUUUUAUAUUCUUGUAUUUUGCACUGAAGGAAGACAUCCAUAUUGUAUACCAAUUUAUAUAUUAUCGAAUAUUUUGAGCAAGAUUAUUGAGAAUAAAAAAAGUAA